AUGGUCAAACUAAACACACAUUUUGUUCGAAGAGUCUACCUCACGACAGCUCUUAACAAAUUUCAGACUUUACUCAACGAUACCACAGAACUAGCGAAACCCUUGGAAAGAAAUGCGGCGAUGACACCAUUCUUUGGCAAAUCUGUAUCGACUUCUGAAGGGCAAAGAUGGCAGUUUAUUCGAAAACUGAUCACACCAUGUUUUCACUUUAAAUCUUUACACCGGACGCCUGAGGACGUAAGUGACAACAUCAACCAGCUCUUUGAUAUUUUAGACACUUAUAUCGACAAAGGUCCGGUGGAUAUGUAUAAAUAUUUCAGGCCUUACAUGCUCGAUAUAUUAAGCAAUAGUCUUUUUGGUAUUGAAAGUGAAUUUCUCAAAAACCCUGAACACUCUUAUCUAAAAGCAAGUGGAAAAAGAAAUGAGUUAAACAAAAUGAUAGAGAAAUAUAAAAAUGAUAAUAAUAAUAUUGAUAUAAAUUAUGACACUUUUAUUGAAAAUAAACUUUCUGGAAGCAAUUUCUUAGACAGACUUCUAUUGACUAAGGCACCUAACGGCGAACUAUUGACGGAUGAUAUCAUCAAUGAAGAAAUAAGAUUAAUUUUGUUUUCUGGACAUUACACAACAUCAAUGACAAUGAGUCAUACAAUGUAUUUCUUGGCAAAAUAUCCGGAAAUACAAAAGAAAGUUCUAGAAGAACAGAUGUCAAUAUUUGGAAAAGAUUCUUAUGAUCAAGCAACAAUCCAACAAUUAAAUCAAAUGAAAUACCUUGAAGCGGUAAUUAAGGAAAGCAUACGUAAGAUUCCAACAAUUGCAAGAAUUGGAAGGCGACUGAAAAACGAUAUGACGUUUCAAGAUGGUCGAGUCGCCCCUGCGGGAACUACUGUAAUAGUUUUCUAUGACGGCGUGUUUAGAAAUCCGAAUAUUUUUGAAGAACCAGAAAAAUUUAAGCCCGAGCGAUUUGUAGACCCAAUGCACACGUUUGCUUUUGUUCCUUUUAGCGCUGGUCCGAGGAACUGCGUAGCUUUUAGAUAUGCCUGGGUGAUAAUGAAGGUGACUUUAUCUAAGAUUAUAAGAAGAUACGAGAUUCUCCCCGGUGGUCCCGGUACAGAGCCAAAGUUUGCUAAUCGAGUAAUAACAGAGUCUACAAAUGGAAUUCAGCUUCGAUUAAAAAAGCGAAAUCUGUUG